UUGUUGUUCUGAACCAUCUCUUAAUUUUUCAUUCUAAAUUCUAACUUUCAUAAAAAAAAAACAAACCAAAAGCGAGUGCGCAAAACAUGCGCGUGGUUCAUAUGAAUGGCUAGUUUGAAUGUAGCGGAAUGGUCUCCAGACCAAGUUGCAGAGUGGUUGUCAGGGUUGGAGCCGACAGUGGCGCGUUAUGCUCCGGGGCUGCGGGAGCGUGGACUAAAUGGCACCAAGCUUCUCAUGCUCCGCUGCGAUGACCUAGAGUACCUUGGAAUGCAUGUUAUUGGCCACCAAGAACUACUAUUAGAAGCAGUUGAACAUCUGAGAAACUUUAAUUCCAUAGCUAAAAUGUGUGAUGGGUUUGGUGCUAGUUGUUGGUUGGAAAAUGUAGCGGCUGACUAUUGUAUUGUUUCGAGUUGCGGAUUAUCUUGGGUUUAUGCAGCCCAGUAUCACUGCGACCAUUGCUGA